AUGGCUGACACUGAUUCCUUCCUUCACCUCGCUCGCCCCUUGGGCCCCGUGGCAGUGGGGACUGCACCGACUACCGCCCCUCUGAACGUUGUCAUCCAACCCCAGGCCCUCUUCUCGGUCCUGGACCAUUCCCUCCGUCGCAACGCCGACCAGGAGCGUGUCAUCGGUACUCUGUUGGGAACCAGAUCCGAGGAUGGAACCGAGGUGGAAAUCCGCAGCACCUUCGCUGUCGGACACACGGAGACGACAGACCAGGUCGAGGUGGACAUGGAAUACCAGAAGCAGAUGCUGGCUCUGCACCUGAAGGCCAACCCCAGGGAGGUGCUCGUCGGUUGGUACGCCACGUCGUCCGAGCUGAACACCUUUUCCGCCUUGAUCCAGAACUUCUACAGCGGCCAGGGUGAUGGCACAUGGCCUCACCCUGCCGUCCACUUGACCGUGUCCACCGAGGCUGGCAAGGACAUCGAGACCCGCGCCUACAUUUCCGCCCCCGUCGGUGUGACCGCCGAGAGAGCCGCGGACAGCGCCGCAUUCAUCCCCGUUCCCUACGAGAUCCGUUACGGCGAGGCCGAGAAGAGCGGUCUGGAGGCUAUUGCUUCGGCCCGUGAUGCUGAGGAGCGUGCCGCCAACAUCUUCACCGACAUCGAGGCUCUGGAGCGUGCGAUCGAGGAUGUGCUGGGCAUGAUUGACCGGGUUUCCCGCUAUGUCGAGUCGGUCAUUGACGAGGAGGCGCCUGCUUCGACGGCCAUGGGCCAGUUCCUGCUCAACACCCUGGCCCUGGCGCCCAAGGUGGAGCCUGCUGAUAUUGAGCGUGACUUCAACAACCACAUCCAGGACGUUCUGGUCGUGUCCUACCUGGCCAACACCAUCCGUACACAGAUGGAGCUGUCCAACCGCCUAGCAACCGCCCAGCUGACUCUGGGAGGCGAGUCCGGCAACGCCGAGUCGGGAGGUCAGCGCGGCGGCCAGCGCGGCGGCAAAGGAGGCCGGGGCGGGCAACAGCGGACCCAAGAACGCAGUGGAGAGGAGGCUCGCGCGUAA